AAUCACUACCGCAAAACGGGUAGUUCAACAUAGCGAAGUAACAAGGGUCAUGAUGUCGCCAUCCCCAUACAUAUGACGACGUCGGAUCAAGCUCUCGCUUACCACAUGUCCCUUCCGCAGUAUAGCGGGGUAUGCGAAACGCGAGCUAUGUCUUCCUAUCAAGGUUCCGUUAUGAUGCUAUUAAUGCUUUCUAUCUGGAGGGUCCAGAGUGGGGUUGCAAGAUGUAAUGGCGGAGUCCUAUCACAUCAUGCAUAUAGCGCGAAUCAAACACCCACACCCUAUCCACGGUGCCGGAACUCGGCAGAGAACCGGUGGGGUGGUUGGUGUAGUGCAUAUAGAUCCCUCACUUCCCGAAGCAGCUGGCAUUCGUUUUGAUAAUUGUGAGCCUACUCGCUGUCUUCGCUAUGGCCACCCUCGAAGCUUUCAAACACAUUGAUCCAGAUUCUGGUCGUCCUACAGUGCUGCAUCCAAACUUCAACCCCAAAAUCAAAGACUGGCAUCCCCCCGACCCACCACACAAGGAAUUCGACCCCCCAAAAGACCGCGCCCACUUCGCCGACCCCUUGAAACCAAACCUCCUUUCCGUAGCCAAACAAAUCGAUCUUACCGAGAGCAUCGGCAGCGUACUGGAAGGCGUCCAGCUCUCCCAGCUCACCCCAUCUCAACUCGACGAACUCGCCCUCCUCGUAAACGAACGCGGCGUCGUCUUCUUCCGCGACCAAGACCUAACAACCGCAAAGCAAGAAGAGCUAUUCGGCCAUUAUGGCAUCCUCGACGUCCACCCCGCCCAAAAAGAGACCAAACACCUCGUCAUCCGCGGCAGCUCUACCGACCACCGCGACCUGCUGAACCACACGCCCUGGCCGUCCGCCGGCUGGCACGCCGACACCUCUUUCGAGCUCAACCCACCUUCCUACAGCAUGCUGCGCAUGGAAGAGCACCCGCCCGUCGGCGGCGACACAGCGUGGGUGUCGCAGUACGGGCUCUACGACGCGCUGUCGCCGGUCUACAAGCGGCUUUUCGAGGGCCUGCACGCCGUGCACACGAGCCGGCUGCAGUACGACACCAUCCUCGAUCUGUGGGGGAACGGGCCGCGGAGGGCGCCGCGGGAUAGCCAUCAUCCGAGCGUGCGGACGCAUCCGGUCACGGGGCUGAAGGCGUGGAACGUGAAUGAGGGGUUUGUGACGGGGUUUGCGGAGCUGAAGAAGCUGGAGUCUGAUAAACUUCUUGACUUCGCGCUCCAUCAUAUUCACUCUGCGGACGAUCAUCUUGUGCGCUGGAAGUGGGAGGUUGGGUCGGUGGCUAUGUGGGAUAAUAGGUGUACGAUUCAUCGUGUGAUUCCGGGGAAAUAUGCGCCUGGGACGAGGAGGGGGAUUAGGACGACGGUGUUUGGGGAGAAACCAUAUUAUGAUCCGGCAAGCGAGGGUCGGGAAGACAGGGCAGAGAGGUUGGAGAAGGAAUCGGGGGGCGAUAUCAAGGGGAAGGAGGAUGUAAAGUCUGCGUGAGGCUGAAUCAGAGGGAUGACUUUGCUGGUGGUCUAGAUAUAUUAAAGCGCUUUAACUAUGUGAAGGGGAUGGAACUUACCUGAACAUUAGCUUCUGAUUUGCAGUACAUAAUCUCAGUCACAUAAUAGAGCCUGAAAUCUAAGGGAUCUAUGAAUGUAAUACAACGCAGGCUCAAUAUCAAGCGCCCGACGUGAACCUUUUAAUAAUAUAGCCG